GGUCACACCGAGCCAGAGCAACCCAUCCGCAACUCUUUCCCUCCACCCGCUCGCGCUCACGGCCGCCGCGAUGCCGCCACCGCCGCCGCAGCCGGCCCACCUCCGCCUCCGGGUCUCCAUCACCCCGCCCCACCCGCUCCCUCUCCCCUACUCCCGCCGCUUCUCCUCCGCCACGUCUGGCCUAGCCACCGCUCGCCACCUCUCCCUCCGCCGCGGCAGCCGGCGCCGCGCCCCCGUGUGCGCCGCGCGGAGCGAGGCCGCGGGGGCCGAGGGGUUCGACGAGGAGCUCGGAAGGCUCCUGGAGCUGCUCCCUGGGGAGCUGCGGCAGCGGGUGGAGGACCACCCGGAGCUCCCCGCUCUGGUGGAGGUGGUCAUGGACCUCGGCCGCCCCCCGCUCGCGCGCUUCCCCUCCGGCGACUUCCUCCUCUCCCACCGCCCCAUCUCCUUCGACGACCUCCGCCAGGCCACUGCGAAGGUUGGGGACUUUGGAGGGGACAAUCGCGCCGGGAUUAGCCGCACGCUGCACCGGAUCAGCGCGAUCAGGAACAGGCAGGGAGACAUUGUAGGACUGACCUGCCGCGUCGGGAGGGCUGUGCCCGGAAGUGCUAAUUUGCUUCAGGAUUUGGUGAAGGAUGGUGGGUCGUUGCUGCUCAUCGGCCCACCAGGGGUGGGGAAGACAACUGUCAUAAGAGAAAUUGCACGAAUGCUAGCAGAUGACUAUGAGAAGCGGGUGAUGAUUGUUGAUACAUCCAAUGAGAUAGGUGGAGAUGGUGAUAUUCCUCACCCAGGAAUAGGCAAUGCUCGUAGGUUGCAAGUGCCCAACCAAGAAAUGCAGCAUAAGGUGUUGAUAGAAGCUGUGGAGAAUCACAUGCCUCAGGCAAUCGUCAUCGAUGAAAUUGGAACUAAGCUAGAGGCUAUGGCUGCUAGCACCAUUGCACAGCGGGGGAUACAACUUGUUGCUUCCGCUCAUGGUGUAACAAUAGAGAACCUGACCAUGAAUCCUUCACUAGAUAUGCUUGUAGGAGGAAUACAGAGCGUCACCCUUGGUGAUGAAGAAGCAAGCAGGAGAAGGGUCCAAAAAACGGUCCUAGAGCGUAAGGGCCCAUCAACAUUCGCAUAUGCUGUAGAGAUCGUGUCGAAAACUGAGUUGCGUGUCCAUCGUAGUCUGGAAGCUACAGUAGAUGCUCUGCUUGCAGGUAGAAUGCCUAAUGUUGAAAUUCGUAAGUUGGGUUCAACCGGCUCGGUGCAGCAGGAAGUUUCUGUCCAGAAGGAUCAAUUUCGUCGUGGUCCUUACGAAAUUGCAUCUCAAUUUGAAGUUGCUUCCAUAAGUAAUGCAAGAACAAGCUUGGACUCUACAUUUAAUCUUGAUUCUGCCAACGGACAUAUAGAGAACUCUAAUGUGUCUGAGGCAGGCUUCAAUCUCUAUGCUUAUGGGAUAUCCGAGGAAAUUGCCUUGCAAGCAAUUAAACAACUGGAGCUGGAGGACAUGAUUACUUUGACUUAUAACAUCAGUGAAGCUGAUGCAGUGAUUGCUUUGCAAUCGAAGCUCAAGAAGAAUUCUCAGAUUCAGGCUGUGUUGAAAUCUGAAGAUAUACCGGUUUUCUUCGCUAAGACAAACUCCCUGGUGCAAAUUACCCGGGCACUUCGUGUCCUUGUCGACGAUCACGUGGAUGGAUUGAUCGAUGUUGAAGAUAAGGAGGAAGUAAGAUCAUCAGAGGAAACCGAUGCUUGGGAGGAAGCAAGAUUGGCAGUCGAGCAGGUAGUGAUCCCGAAGGGGGAGAGCGUGCAGCUCCUGCCCAGACCAUCGACCAUCAUCUCUUCCCAAGUGAACCUCGUCGAAAGUUUCAACCUGAAGUGGGAAGUCACAGGCAAGGAGCCGAACGCUUGCCUGAGAAUCCUUCCGCAGUUCGCUGACAGGGAAGAGGGUACCACCUCGGAGCAAGAGACCUCCGAGACCGCACCCGGGCUCACAGAUUCAGAUGGCAGCUUCGAUGGCAUGGACUAUACGCAGACUGGUGUCACCAGGCUACCUUUCCUCCCAGAGUAGCAUCUUGUUGAGCUCCUUGGCUGUCUCUUGUCUGUUUGGCAGAUAGAUAGUGCUGCUUUUCAACUCGCACCGAACAUAACGGGAUCGGAUCCAACUCAGAACUGCACGACAACGUCUGGAUCGUUUCGCAUCUUUGCUCUUGGUGACAUCGUCAUUGGCAUGAAUCUUGCCAACUAUCAGUGCUGAGACGACGAGCAAACGCUGUAUUUUAUUUGGCCGAGUUGCAACUACGCCAUGGGGGAUCGUCCAUCGCUCUAUCUGUCGAAUGUUGCGACCAUCACUGUCAUCCACGGCACCAUGCAUGCCCACGUUUUCACACGGCACCAUGCAUGCGUGCAUAUCCAGAAUUCCAGAAUGCCUGCCUCCUCACUGUACUUUGCUGCCAUUCUAUCGUGUGUCAUUUUAUUUUCGAAAAGAGGAAAAGACCCUCUGCCUCUGAAUGCACCUAUCCAUGUAUAUUAUUAACGAAAUUUGUAUUUUCCAAA